GCCUUUCUCUGAGUAGCACAUACCCUCCCCACUGCAACUUGGAACUGAACGCGCCAUGAGUGCUCCUGCCUCUUUCACGCCUUCCACUGCUGUCGAUCCUUCCAAGGAGCGCGACUGGCCCGCCCAGCUCGGCUUGCUCGACUGGGACAGUACUAGCAUAGUCUUCACCAAGCGUUCCCUUCUCGAGUUCCUCAAAUAUGCUGGCGUCUCUGUUGACACCAACUUCACCAACAUCCAGAAGCUCCCUCGCUACGCGCAGUUUGGCAAGCUUGCUAGUGGCCCCCCUGCUGAGUCUGCGCCAGCGCCGCCAGCUGCUGCGCCCGAACCCGCAGCAACAGAAUCCACCCCAGCAACCGACUUUAAGCCCACCCGUCGCGUAAGGGAUCCGCCCGGAGGAAGGACCCAUAACAUUUUCGGCGGCGCAGACGACGACGACAACGACGCGCUUUCCGCCGCGCCACCACAGUCGUCCGCUGCGGCAGCACCCGCGGCUACCGCGGAGGCUAGCACCGCCAGCCCUGAAGUUGCCCCGGCCCCAGAACGUAAAAAGAGCAACAACUCUUCGGCGUUCGCGUCCCUCUGGGAUGCCCCCGACGACGCGCAGGCGUUCAAGCCCACUCGCAAGGUACGCGAGAGGCCUGGAGGCAAAGACAGCAUCUCUGGGCUGUUCUAGAUGUGAAUGUGUCGAGAACGGGGAGGUCUAUGUUGUGAAGAGCUGUCGCGCAAAGGGGCGCGAAUUCUUGCUGGUUCGCAAUGUACGCUAUGUAAAGAGCCUCGUGCACCUGCGUUGGCACGGAAAUGGAAUGUACC